AUGUUCGACGGCUUCGGGGAGUACCACGAGAGCAUUCUUGUCUUGAUGGGUUUGGUGACUUUGCUUGCCAGAAUGACGGCUAUUGUGGGCUCUACCGCACUCGAUGCAAGCAACGUGAAGCUCAGGGUUGUGUGGGCCGAAACCACAAGUUCCACAGUACCAAUUGGGCAUGAUGAUAGUCGAAAAGUUGUAAAGGUGUAG